AUGAAACGAUGUUAAUCAUCAAUAACUAUUAAUAAUCACUCAUAAAAACAGACUAUCAAAUCAAAAUCUGCCUCUUAAUUUUACCUAAAUCCCUGCCUUUAACCCUUAUAAUAAACGCUGAAAAAAUACUAAAAUUUUAGUUUGAUUUAUCAUAAUAAAAAGGAUUUCUUUUAUCCAUAUUGUCAUAAGAGAUUACGCCUUUUUGGGAACUCUAACUAAUCUUCUAUCUCAAGUCUUAACAAAGAAAAUAAUCUAAUGCUCUCUAAAAACAAACCAUACAUUCCUCCUUUAUAAAUUAAGAACAAUUUCUCAAAUUACUAGAAGAUCUCAAAUCAAUAUACUACUGAUAGAAUUUACAAAAAAUUGACAUCAAGAAGUAUCUAAAGCUUACUUUGUGAAUCAAAUUAUCCUAAGAGUACUUCUCGUUAAUUAUAAUUAAAUUGA